CUUGGCAGAACCUGACAGUGAUGAUGGGUGAUAAGUCUCUGAUAGUGCUAUGCUUGCUGUGUAUCUAUGGCUGUUCAGUGACGGUUGAGCAACGCGCUUAUGGUGGGCACCAGAACCCAGCGAUCUGCCGCAGCACAAAAUGUCCCAAGUAUAAAGUGCUGAAGAAAUAUGAGGGAUUUGAAUAUCGUCUUUAUGAACCAUCAAACUGGGUAAUGACUUCCUUGUCAGACAACAACGACAUUACAUGCGCCGAUCGCCUUUCUAAGUAUAUGGAUGGAUUCAAUGAACAAGGUAUCAAAAUAGAAAUGACUUCCCCUGUUGUCAUAGCUUUUUCGACUGAAAAUGCCUCCAAAGAUGUAGUAUUAUUUUUCCUCCCUCCAGAAGUGGGUUGUCCCUUUCCUUUAGACAACACUGUUCACUGUAAAAAAAUACCCGCAGUGCCCGUGUAUGUAAAGUCUUUUGAAGGUAAUCAUGGGGUACGAUACUUUGCUGACCAAGCCACUGCUCUUGCCAGAGAAUUGGGUGCUCUUAAAAAGCCUUUUGUUGGAUCAUUCUUUGGAUGUAAUAGGUAUAAUAACGACCAUCAUUCCAAUAGUUUCCACAAUGAAGUGUGGUUGUUGGGAAGUGAGCCUCUUGAUGAAUAACUCAUUGAAACGGCUACCAAAAAUGCUAAUACAUUAAAGGAAUUAUGCUGCACAAA